AUGAUAUACCUUACACUCAUUGCUAGAGUGACUGAUGGGUUGCCGCUCGCUGCGACUAUCCAGGAUGACGACAAACUUAGUCGAGAAGUCUUUCAAUAUCAAAAUCAAGCCAAAGCACUCGUAUGUCGUAUGACUCCUACCUCUCCUUCGAGAUGCUCUUUAAUUGCUGGCCCGUAUUUGUUUCAUUAUCUGCUAGAUCGUGGUGUAUGCUAUAUUAUUCUUACAGAAUCUCAGUUCAAUCGCACUAAGGCCUUCGCAUUUUUAGAGGCCAUUCAGACAGAAUUCUAUGGGAAAUACUCUCAACAGAUACAGACAGUUUCACGACCGUAUGCAUUCCUAGACUUUGAUCAUGUCAUACACAAAACUCAAAAAAUCUAUAGCGAUAGCCGGUCAUCUAACCUUAGUCAACUGAAUGUGGCAUUGCAAGAUGUACAACGGAUCAUGGUACAGAACAUCGACGAUGUGUUACAGCGUGGAGAAGCUCUUUCAACUCUUGAUGCUCGUGCAUCUAGUUUGUCUACAAUGUCCAAAAAAUAUCGUCAAGAUGCUUCUACUCUCAACCUUCAAUCAGCCUAUGUUAAAUAUGUACUCUUUUGUAUUCUUUUGCUUGUUGUAUUUGCUUAUUUUUAUAUACGAUUUCUGAGUUAA